AUGGUGCCAAAGAAGGAGAAGGGAUUAUUCCAACGGCUGAGUGAGCAUUUGUGGUAUGGACCGCACCGCAAGACUCGAGAGCCAUCGGCGCCUCAGCUACAGAAUUCCCAAGAGCUUCAAGUACUCCAGCGGCCCAAAGAGCCCUCAUCAACUAGCCUAGAGCCUUCAUCAACUCUAGAGCCUCAGUCUUCUGGGGCACAGGAAUUCCAGGUAAUCCAGGAUCCUGAUGAAAUUCAGGAACUCCAAGAACCUCAGGAACCACAGGAACCCGGAGAAAUUCAGGAACAUCAAGAACCCCAAGAGUCUCAAGAACCCAAUGAAUCCCAUAACCCCAACGAAAUUCAGGAAGUCCAGGGACCUCAGGAGCCCCAGGACCCCCAAGAGACCCCAUUUACGAGGCAGAUUGCAAGGCUCAUACGUAACAUCUUCCGACGCAGGACUCCUGUAGUUCAGAUUCGCCACACAGGAACUGAGCGCGGCCGCGGCGUCUUUGCCCAACGGAAUCUCGCUCGCAAUCGGAUAAUCAUCGACGAGGAAUUACCAAUUCUAACAUCUGACCGUAAUUCCUUGCGAGCAGACUGGAACCUGACCUCACUAAAAACACGCCGAGAGGUCGCUAGUCUAUUUUCUAGGUUGGCAAAUAUUCCUACCGACAGAGCUUUGGUCGCAGAUGAACCCUCCGAAAUGAUCAUCGAAAAUUUCAGAAGAGAUUACGCCUUUCCAGACCCAGCAGGCUCGAGAUCUCUGAUUUACCCCGUUGCUUCACACUUGAAUCAUGCUUGCACAGAUUGCGCCAACGCAGAAUGGUUCGUAGACGAAGAAGAACCGCACCGGAUCACAGUUCAAGCCACCAAGCGUGUCAGAGCAAAUAAAGAGAUCUUUAUCAACUACAGAGACGACUGGGGAAACCUACCCUUUAUCUGUUCAGAAUGUGCCAAAAAGAGGGCAAAAGAGAAUGCAGAGCUUGCGAGGAGGGAACGUUUCAACCGCAGGCUCAAACGCUUUGCUUGCCAUACUGUUUGA